GCCGCCCCGGAGCCCGCCCGGCCAUGACCAUCGCCGCCCUGCGCCGCCUGCAGAUGCCCGGCCUGGCCAAGGACAGGAAUUAUUUCCGGGGAGGGAGAUUGUUAUUUCUGCUGGCUAGCUUCACAGUGGAGCAGGGACACUCGAAAAGUGCCACCCCCGCACACUCCCCCAGCCUGUGCUGGUGGCAGCCGGAAAUCCAAUGGGAGCUGGAUUGCUGCUGAAAACAAAUCCUGCGUGGGGCUUGGCCAAAGAUGGAACGCGUGAUCGUGAGCAUGCAGGAUCCGGACAUGGGCAUCAAGAUGAGAAACCAGCGCCUGCUGAUAACAGUUAUCCCACACGCCAUGACCGGUAACGACAUCGUGGAGUGGCUCAUCCAGAAGUACGCCAUCUCUGAGGAGGAGUCCCUGCAUCUUGGCAACCUCCUUGUGAAGCAUGGCUACAUCUACCCCCUGAAGGACCCCCGCAGCCUGGUGCUCCGGGCCGACGACUCCCCCUACAGGUUCCAGACUCCUUAUUUCUGGACAAGCUCCAAGUGGCCGGCCACAGAGCUGGAUUACGCAAUCUACCUGGCAAAGAAGAACAUCCGCAAGCAGGGUGACCUGAUAGAGCACGAGAAGGAUAACUACAACUUGCUGCACAAGAGGAUCAACCACACCUGGGAUUUUGUGGUGAUGCAGGCGCGGGAGCAGCUCCGGGCAGCCAAGCAGCGACGGAAGGGGGAUCGUAUCGUCAUAGACUGCCAGGAGCAGGCCUACUGGCUGGUCAACAGGCCCCCGCCGGGAGCCCUGAAUGUGAUGGAGCAUGGGCCAGAGCGGAGGAAUUGCCACAUCAGCCGGGUGCAGCUGCCCAAGAACACGGAUUACUACAAGCGGGAGAUCGAGUGCUGCCAAAAGGCCAUGGGCAGGACCCGCGUGAAGUCCUCCAUUUGCCUGGAGGGGUACAUCAAAUUCAACGAGCAGUACAUGCCUCAUGAUCCCAUCAUGUCCGGCUGCCUGCCCAGUAACCCCUGGAUCACGGACGACACCACGUACUGGGCCAUGAAUGCCCCUACGGUGACGACACCAACCAAGCUGCGCGUGGAGCGCUGGGGCUUCAGCUUCAGCGAGCUGCUGGGUGACACGCUGGGCCGCAGGCAGCUGUUGGAGUUCCUCAAGAAGGAGUUCAGCGCUGAAAACUUGAGCUUCUGGGAGGCAUGUGAGGAGCUGCGCUACGGGGAGCAGGCCCACAUCGCCGACAUCGUGGAUUCCAUCUAUCAGCAGUUCCUGGCCCCCGGCGCCACCCGCUGGGUGAACAUCGACAGCAAGACCAUGGAGAGGACCCUGGAGGGCAUCAAGACGCCGCAUCGCUAUGUGAUGGACGAUGCCCAGAUGCACAUCUACAUGCUGAUGAAGAAGGACUCAUACCCGCGCUUCCUCAAGUCGGAGCUGUACCGCAGCCUGUUGGCAGAGGCCGUCGUGCCCCCGGAGACCAAGAAACGGGUUUUCCCAUUCAUGAGGAAGCAGCGUCACUCCAGCCCAAGCCCAGCACUGCUGCUGCCCACGGGGGAGCCCGAGGCGAAAGCUGAGGAUCAGAGCAAGGCAUUCGCUGUCCCCGUGGAGAGCUAGGAUCCCCUCACCUGCCCUCUACCCCCACUCGUCCCAGGCUGAGCAUUCUGCACUGACAGGGGGCAGGGACUGGAUGAGGUGGAGCAGCAACUGCUGGGCCCCAUGGGGCACCUGCUUCUCCCCCAGCCUGGCCCACCAUUGUGGCAUUGGGCCCCCCAGACAGGGUGUUCUGGAGACGAUGACACAUUUCUGCCCUGCCCCACCCAGGCAGUGCCAGGGCAGCAUGGGCCAGCCAGGGGGUCUGUUCUCAUCCAACGGCUGCAGGUGGUUAGUUGGGUAAGGAGGGCGACUGCCCUGGGCUGGGCCCUGUGGGAGAGUGGCAGAGAUGGGGCGGCCAGCUGCCCUUGCAGGGCGGGCUCUCACCCACUGGCAUGAAUGCAAUCCCAGGCUCGCUGGCAGGGGCAGACCCAGCCUGCAGCACCCCCUGGGCCCCACACACGUCAUCAGGCACAGGGACAUGGGCGCUCAGACACCAGGGCAGAGCAGCUCAGCCUCCAGGUCGCCCUCACACCCCCUCCCACAGGGCAGCUGCAGCCCUUGACAGUAAAGGAUAAAGCCAUAUGCCCCAGGAGGCCAUGUGCCCAGCCCUAUGGGGCACCCCACGUGGCACCACGGGGGCAGCUCCUGCUCCCUUUGCCUUAGCUCUUAGAGUGACCCCCAGCUCCCCGCCCCCGGCAGUUCUGUGGGGCGAGUGGCUGCAAUGGGCCAAGACAUACGUGGUCUGAUUCCCCUCACUGAGCUGCACACUCUGGGCCAGGCUCGCGGAGGGGCAGGGGCGGGGGGGAGCGUGCUCGCUGGCACACGAAUACUAGAGGCUUGGGGCAAUGAUGGGCAGGGGCAGAGCCUGCCCCAUGGCACAUCCCAAGGUCUCUGUACCAGCCCUGGGUUUGUGGCUGAGCACAGCCCCUCCCUGAGGGUCACCCCUUCUCUGCACCCUGACCCCCCUAGGAGCACCCACUCUGGUGCUGCCCUCCCUCCGCCCAGCAGUCCUGCACUGAGCAAAGACACUAAUAAAGGACAGCUCAUGGGCAACUCUUGCAUCUCUCA